AUGGCCGAUACUGCGAAGACCCAGCCCAAUGCUUCGCCGUCGAACGAUGUCCCAGAUGCAGGACUGAGGAGCCAUGACCACUACAAGAGGGCGCUUCCCAAAUGGCGGUACUCCUUGCGACAGCAGAUGCUCCCUUUGAUACGCUGGGAGACACCGUACCUUGCUUGGAUGCAGGACAAGCUGCGCACGCCCGCACUCGACAGCUAUUUCGCCAUCACUGCGAACCUGGGUACACACACCUUCUUCAUGAUUGGACUGCCGAUUCUGUUCUGGUGUGGUUACCCAGCUUUUGGCAAAGGACUGGUGCAUAUCCUUGCGCUCGGCGUCUUUUGGACGGGCUUUCUCAAAGACUUCCUCUCGUUGCCUCGGCCUCUGUCACCCCCUCUCAAUCGCAUCACAAUGUCUGGUUCUGCGGCUCUGGAAUACGGUUUCCCUUCGACGCAUAGUACUAAUGCUGUAUCCGUUGUGGUAUAUGGCGUGUUACUCCUACGAAGUCCCGAAAAUACACUUCAUCCCACCACGAAGAUUGUUCUGGAGCUCCUGUCCUACUUCUACGCUGUUUCGAUUGUAUUCGGCCGCUUGUACUGUGGCAUGCAUGGAUUCCUGGAUGUGAUUGUCGGGUCAAUCAUGGGUGUGGUGAUCUCCUUGGUUGAAUUCUACUAUGGCCCUGGAUUGGAUGAAUACAUGUACACAAGCUCAUGGGCUGCCCCCGUCGUUGCUGCAAUCAUUAUUCUCGUCAUGGUACGGAUCCACCCAGAGCCUGCCGAUGACUGUCCUUGCUUCGACGACAGUGUUGCCUUUGCUGGCGUUCUAAUCGGGCUCGAAUUCGGCACUUGGACGUAUGGCCGCAUCCCUGGAGACCCAUGGGAGACACAUGCCCAUGCUGACACCACUGUUAAUGUUGCUCCUCUUGGCUUGGUCAUUAAUGUUGCUCGGAUCGUGCUCGGUGUGCUGAUUGUAUUUGCCUGGCGAGAGACGAUGAAGCCGACAUUGCUUAAGACGCUCCCUCAUUUCUACCGGGCUAUUGAGAGCACGGGCUGGACGCUGCCUCGACGAUUCUUCACCCCUGCGAGCAAGUACAAGUCAGUCCCCGCAGGCUCGAAGAUUGACACAUUGUUUCCUUCCCCAUACGACAUUCCUCGGAUGGUCGAGAGUAUCCGCCACCCGACGACAAGGGGACGGUCGGUGUCGAUCGGGCCCCAGAGUGCGGCUGAUGCGUAUGAGACGCUGGCAUAUAGAGAGCGUCGACGUCGGGAGAGCAUAAGCAGCAAUUCCAGUUUGCGCAACAAGUCGAGCAUUACAGAUCUGGCGUCUAAGAACGAGGACGGAAAAGCCGCACACGCGUCUGGCACACACCACUCUUCUAUUCGCGAUUAUGAGAGAAUGAUGGGUGAAUUAGACUCGCCCUUUUCUCCCAUCUCACCCACCUCACCAAGGUCCCCUGCGUUGCCUACCUCACCUACAUCUCCAACUGUGCCUGAGGAGAGUGAAAAUGAACUUGACGAGAACUUGGUAUUUUCUCGUAUUGAAAGGCCCCGAGUGAGGUACGAUGUAGAAGUCGUUACCAAGUUGGUUGUUUAUGCUGGUAUUGCAUGGUUCGCUGUUGCUUUGAACCCAAUCAUUUUUGAGCUUGUUGGCCUGGGCACGAACCACCUAUCGCAGGUAAAUUGA